GGAUUCAGAUGAGAUGGGUUUGGAUGGAAACUCGAAGAAAAGUUGCUGGAGUUGUGGCUGGCCCAUGAUUGAAGCAAGAGUCACGGUGUCAUCUCUGAUCUUGUCAUGAAAGCAGGACACAUGCCUAACAAUCUCCAUGGAAGAUGUGCUACCUAACGACACAGAGAAGCUCCUCAGUGGUUCAACAGGUGAUGAAGGAUACUUUUCUUUAAUCAACCUGAACCUUUGUAGCUUAAUUAAUCAUGGUGGAAAAUCCCAAACAGCAUCACUCCAGGUACAUUAAACCAAAGAUUCUCUCAGCAUUUCUUUUCUUAACACUGUUGCUGGCUUCACUCAUGCCUCUCUGCAAGCUAGAUUUAACCCUCAGGGUCUUGCCAUUUUUGUUUCUUUCCAUCUUGGUGUCAGCUUUACACACUAAUUGUGGUUAGCAAGUCAAGAUUAGAUGCUAAUAGAAGAAUAAGAUAAAAGGAUUAGCAUGGCAAUGACAUCAAGGAUAAUGAUUGGGCUAACAAAAGAAAAAAAUAACGUAUGUCAAAAGAAUGCCAUCACUUUGUACGCUUAUGGUAGCUUUUAAAAGAUUAGUGCUGGUUGUUAUGGAUGAAUUGUGUGGCUCACUUCAAUCAAAGACAUCAUCAUAUCUUGGAGGUGAGAAAGAUGAGGAAUCUCUCUUCUCUUCCAACAGAUCUUUUGUUUCCAUAAUGUUCCAUGGAGAUCAACUUUUAGAUUGCAGCAACCCAGUUAAUUGAGCAUAUCCAUCUUUCUGACUUGUUAACUAACUCCUAUCUACAAUUCAUUAUACAUUUCAGGUGCUCGGAUUAGGAACAAAUGAUUGGUAGGCCACGUAAUUCUCCACUAAAUAAAGGUAAUUUGGACUAAUUAAGCCAACAGCUAACAUGGAUUAAGACGUAUCAACCAAAACUCCAAUGAAAUCAUGCAUAAGUGUUGCUAAUAUAAUCGUACGAGUAUUAUUAUCAAUCAUACUUUCUACGUAACACUCCUUCACUCUUGUUGACUUUUUUGUCACGUUUUUAGUAACCUAAAAAAGCUUACCAGGAAAACAACGAACCAUUGCAAUUCCUUGACGUGAUCGUUCCUAUAAUAUAAGAAGACGCCAUACCAACUCCUUAGAAGAGAUUCGAUUAAUAAUUACUAUAAAUAUUAAAACUGUGGGCAAAAUGACGAUUAUAAUUACUGUUUUCUGAAAUAGUGGUUAUUAUGUAACAAGAAUAACUCCUCUACAUUUUCAUAAUUAUUAGCAUAUGAUGAACACACAUGGAAGGUUGACAAUAUUGUUGUAGCAAUAGUGAUAUUUUUCCCCAUUAUUUAUUAUUACCUAUGGAAUGAAAUAACUUUUUUUUCUACUCUAGUUAUUGUUUUUAUUUUAUUAACAAUUAGUCUAAUGGGCCAUUAUGAAAAGUCAUUUUUUAUUAUAUACAAUAGUUAGUAAUAAUCUUCGUUUUCAAUCGAAUAAACUAAUAUGAAUUAUGAUAAUAUUAGAUAAAAUACUUAAUUAAAACUUUACAUACAAAUUCUUAUUUCGGAUCGAUAAGCUUCUCAUGGUCGGAUCUUUAAGUGGAUCCGACCCGAUAACAUGCGAAGCCGCAGCUACGCCGUUCCGCGGUCUAAACUGCCCCGUCGUCCUUUCCUUCAUAUAUAUAUAAAUAGAGAGAGAGCGAGAGAGAGAGAGUGAAGCCGGCACCAAGUCACCUACUACACCGACGCCAUUACAACCCACAGCGACAAGAAAGAUAGAGUUGGCCGUCCCGGAGGUCGGUAGUCGAGCUCUUGGAUCGGUCCCGUGACGAAAGGUGAGUUCUUGGCGCGAUCGGAGGUGAAUUGAUCAGCCUGGGUGCUCUCUUGUCGGCUUUGUUUUUCUUGAUCGAGCGAAUCAGUUGGGUUGAGUGUCGCGAUCGGCGAGCCAUUGGUUCUUGCUGCUCGCUAUCCUCCGCAUUGCGGGAGGUCGUGAUCAUUCUGGUGGGUUUCUUUGUUUCUUUGUCUUGGGCGUGGGAAAAUUUGGGUAUUGUCGAGGGGCUUCAUCGGGAUGGUGGAUGCGGUUGCCGUUCUGAUUGGUAGAUCUGAGGAGUUCGUCGAUCUUGAUUGUCGAUUAUAUUGGGUUUUGAUGACUUCUGAUGGUCCGGUUCGUGAAUUAGAACUUGAGACGGGUUUCGUAUUCUGGGGGGUGAGUGUUUAAGGUUUGGAGUUGUCGAAGAGGAACUGAUAACGUGGUCGCUGGUUGAGGAGGAGGUGGCUUCUUAACAUAGAGGGAUGGACUCUGACACUGUUCUUGAACAUGCAAUGUUCCGGCUCUCUCCGAGACGCUCGAGGUGCGAAUUGUUCAUAUCUGGCAAUGGGAAGACUGAGAAGAUAGCAUCUGGAUUCUUGAAGCCAUUCAUCACUCACUUGAAGAUUGCAGCAGAGCAGGCUGCACGUGCGGCUAGUUCUGUGAAGCUCGAGGUUGAGAGGAGGAAGAAUGAUGGAACAUGGUUUAAGAAAGGAACGGUUGAAAGGUUUGUUCGGUUUGUCAGGACACCUGAAAUUCUGGAGUUAGUCAAUGCAUUUGAUGCAGAAAAUUUACAACUGGAAGGGGCCAAGAGAGUAUAUUUGCAGGGUACAGGAGAUCCACUUUCUGGUCCAUUGGGUGGAAAUCAAGUAACUACUGAAGCAACAGCAGAGAUAACAAAGAAGGAGCUUCUUAGAGCUAUUGAUGUGCGGCUUGUCACGGUUAAGCAGGACAUAGCCACAGCUUUUGCUCGGGCAUCUGAUGCUGGAUUUACCCCUGACAGUGUCUUGGAGCUUCUUCACUUUGCCGAGUACUUUGGUGCAAAUCGCCUGAAUGAAGCAUGCACCAAGUUCAUUUCACUUUGCCAAAGGCACCCUGAACUUGUUAGUCUUCAACCCCUGCCACAGCCGUUGCCUCCGGCACUAAAGAACACUGAUUAUUGGAAUGUUCAAACUUCCUCUAGCUUAGAUAUGUCAAUACAUGAGCCAGAAGUCGAGCCCAAGGUUCCUGGUAAACCACAUCAUGGAUGUGGCGUUAAACUCCACAUGCCCAGCAGUAGCCAUCCAGCACAGGAAAAUGCAGCAGAGUUGUUGGGUACAUAUCAGCAACUUAAACCUAGUCAGCAGCAAUUUUUAGAUAGAACAGUUGGAAAGGUGGUGGAUGAUCCUACUCCCGCUGCAUUGGGAACUGAGCCAGCUCAACAGGAUGGAGGGGACUCCAGGCAUCUAAGCGUGCAAGACCGUAUCAAUCUCUUUGAGAGCAAGAAGAAAGAACAGCCUGCGAGUUACAAAAAUCUCAGCUCUAAUAUUGUUGUUAAUAGAAUUAUAGCAGGGAAAGGGGGCCAUAGGAGGUGCCCCUCUGAUGCCUCAGAUAAGUCAGUGUUGAGAAGAUGGAGUGGUGCAAGUGACAUGAGCUUAGAUCUUAGCAGCAGUGUUGGUAGCAGCUUCAAUGACAGAGAAGGCUAUGGGAGCACCUCUGGCACUCCUACAACUGUCAAUUUGUGGCUUCAAUCCGACACUGAAAGUAAAGAGAGCAUGGCAACAGUGGGAGUCACAGCAUCCUCUUCUUUGUCUUCUCAUGCUGAGUUUAAAGGUCUCUCAGAAGAUAAAGAUCAUACUGAAGUAGAUGGUAACAAGAUUUCAGUAGCCCAGACCAAAGCCUUAGAUGAUGAGCAAGGCAAGCAUCAAAUGAGUGUUUCUCUUGGUGGGGUGAAAUUUUAUGAAUUAAGUGAUCAAGAUGCUUCUCGGACCCAACAAAAGGGCCUUUCAGAAUCAGGUGAUUAUGCACCAGGCUAUCAACCCAAGUCCAAAGUUACCUCAGAAGAUUAUUUCCAAUAUAAAGAACAUAAGGCUCUGCAGGCCACAUCACAAGCUGCAGCAAAGAAAGGUGGGUCGAAAGAUCAAGAAAUUUUCAGGUCUCAAAUUAGAGUGAUUCCUUUGCGACCAGAUGGAGGUGGAGCGACGGAUCAAAUAACGUUAUAUAACCAACUCAGGACUUUCAGGAGAAAAGGAGAUGAUGUUACAUUAAAGGCCAAAGUUUCUUCAGAUUUUCAAAUUAAGCCAAGUACCAAAUCAACAAUAUCUUUGGAGUCCCAGUCUCAAGGGACAACCUUUCCUAGUACAACAGUGGAAGGUGGUGGGGGAGAGGAAGCUGCUACUGAGCAAACCUUUGGACCUUUUCCAGUCGAGAAAAAAGAAGAUUGGGACCUAGGAAUAAAUUUGCAUAAGCAACCAUUGGCUCCUGACUAUAUUAAUAAGCCUUGGAGUUCUGAAAGAAAAAAAUGGCCUGUCUCUCCCGUGAGGAGUGCAAAGGAGAGCACAGAGUUACUUGAUCUGCCUUCUACAUCUUCAGUAGAGCAGGUUCAGAUGACAAAUCUGCUAAGAGGAGGAAAUCGAGAGCUGAAUGAGGGGCUUCAAAUGAAGGCUACAAGAUUGGAAGAACAUUUUGCUGCAUUCAAACUCAGAAUUCAGAAGGAUGAGGCCGCAGUCUUUCAAACAAACUUACCUGCAGCUGUCCGUAAAGAUUAUGUGCUGAAGGGUUUGGAGAAAAAAAACACAAUGCCUCCUACAGACCAAUUAUCUGAGAAGAAACUUGUGAAGGAGACUUAUAUUAGGGAAGUAGCUUUUGAUGCUAACUUGCUGUCAGACAUGGUAGAUAAUCAAGAAUAUGAGAGUAAUUUGAGCCCAAAGUUCAGUGAUCAAUCAGAUGAUUUUAGAGGAAAAUUCUAUAAUAAAUAUAUGCAAAAAAGGAAUUCAAAACUACUAGAAGAAUGGGAAUCAAAAAGGACUCAGAAAGAAGCAAAGAUGAAGGCAAUGCGUGACAGCCUAGAACGUAGUCUGACUGAGAUGAGGGCUCAAUUUGUAGGAUCUGCUGCUGGACAAAAGUCAAACCGUGUCGAUCAUUCUGCUGAGUAGUGAAGUUCAUUUAGCAAUACUUUGGCUUCAAGAAAUAAAGAUCAGGGACAGGAUUAAGAAUAUUACAAAUAACCAGGAAACAUCCUGCUGUGAGUUAUCCAGGAAUAUGAAGAAUCAGUUUCCCAAUUCAUCUCACUUCAGAAAGGAAAAUGCAAAAUUAUCAACAUUAACCAGCAGGACAAGUGCACAAGUGCUGCCAACAAUCUUUUCUCAAAUCAAGAGCAUUAUUGAAGAGACUGAUUUUGUUAGGAGGACAAGCCAUAUGUAUUGCAGUCCAUGGGGAAAAGCAAUGCUAGUACCAAUAAACUUAAGGAGCUUUGGACUAUUAUUUCUGAUAGUGGAUAUUCCAAGGAGCAAAAUAAUCCAGAUUCUAUAAAUAAAGUCCAGAGAAGUACAGAGUCCAAACUACUACUGAGAAAAGCCAAUCUUAUUGGUCAUGGUUCAGAGUCUGGUAUGAAUUUUCAGGAUAUUGUUGCUGAACGUCAUGUUUUUCCUAACAUGCAUAGAUGAAGAACUGGAGACAAAAAUUUCUUAUAGCAAUCUUGGGCCAAUCACUUUUCCUGUGGAAUGAAAUAGUGACAAGCCAAGGCAUGAGCAAAAUUUUGAAAUUCUGAUUCUUUUGGAUCAUAAACUAUUGAUGUUCCAAAAUUCACUGUCCAAGGUGGAUUAUGAUACUGUUCAUGUUACUUUGGCAGUAAAUGUACAAAAGUCACUAGAAGAGGGCCCUCAGUCAUGGAUACUAUCAAUUUUCUUUCAUGCAUGAGGCAUCAGAUACUGAGGCUUAUGUAGAUGCAUAUAUGGGGCAGCUUUAUGGAACUCUUUACCGAACCAAAUGGAGUCUGGUGCUAUUCAAACAAGAAAGAAAUAAGGAAUAUGUCUAUGAUUGUUGUUAAUGCAUCCCAGCUAGAACACAUGGACGCCACUGAAGGUUUGAAACGUUUAAUAAAACUUGAGAAGAAUAACAGGGAUGUAGAGUUUGUAACAGAUUGUGUAUCUGAAGGGCUUCCAGAGGUGUUGACAGCAUAGCUAUAUGCACAUGAUGGGUUUGAUGAGAAUGUGAUUUUUCUUUAACAAGGCAGCUUGAUUACUAAUCCUCCUGCAAACUUCACGUCGAGGAACAUCUAACUGGGAGUUCCUGAAUGGUUGCCAUCUAAUGGCAUUACAAUUUUGAGUUUAAUGAAAACGAAAAUAUUUGUUUAUUGACUAAAUACUUGAAGCAGCUUCUCUUAUGACUGUCCUAUAUAUAUUUUGGGGGUUUCUUCCUGUAUGUUGUCUGUAAUUUCAAUUGACGUAUGCGAUCUUAAGAUUUGUUAUUUGAUGUC